UAGACUUUUCCAUAACUUUGGGGCCUUGUAAGAAAAAGCUCUGCUGUAGGAUCAGCUGAUCGUGACGAAUUGCUCUGAGUGAUCCAACAUGGCGCCCGGCUCCGCCCCCUGCGCGUGUGCGGGCGCGUGAAGGCUGCUGCUGCUCAGUGCGGCGGAGUGAAGCUCUCCUCAACAUGGCGGCGGAGACACUGCGGACGUUACGGGUGUGCCGGCAUCAUCUCGCUCUGCUGCAGAAGUAUUCAAAUCCCCAAAACAGUCAAGUGCUGCUGCAUAAAUACUUCACCACACAGAGGAGUGGGCGGAGUCUGCGGCCCCUGAGGAAGCUGCUGAUUGGUGUGUCAGUGGGCGUUCCCGUUGUGAUGGGCGUGCACUACGCCCUGUCUGAGCCCAGAGACAGGAGGAAGAUCAGAAUAUUAGUGGAGGGCAGCGGGCGUUUCUGUAGGUCUCUGUAUGUCGGGUUUCUGAUUUCAGUGGAUUAUUGGUGGACGUCCAACAUUGUUCUGCGUGGCGUGGAUGAGGACAGGCCGGAGUUCAAGGCCACCAUGUCAGCGUGUCACCAGCGUGCGGCGGACAGCAUAGUAGAAGGAGCUGUGAGGAACGGGGGCGUGUACGUUAAAUUGGGACAGGGCCUCUGCUCAUUUAACCAUCUGCUGCCUCCAGAGUACAUCCACACGCUGCAGAGCCUGGAGGAUAAAGCCCUGAACCGCCGCUACAAAGAGGUAGAUGCCUUAUUCCAAGAGGACUUCAACUCCACACCGGAUGAACUGUUUAAGACGUUUGACUAUGAGCCCGUGGCGGCUGCUAGCUUAGCACAAGUACACAAAGCAGAACUGCAUGAUGGGACGCCCGUGGCCGUGAAGGUGCAGUAUAUUGACCUCAGGGAUCGCUUCGACGGGGACAUCAGGACGCUGGAGGUCCUGCUGGAUAUAGUGCAGUUUAUGCACCCGAGCUUCGGUUUCCGCUGGGUCCUAAAGGACCUGAAGGGAACCUUGGCGCAGGAACUGGAUUUCGAGAACGAGGGCAGGAACUCGGAGCGAUGUGCCAAAGAGCUCAAACACUUUAAAUUCAUCGUCGUACCCAAAGUGUUCUGGGAGCUAAGCAGCAAGCGUGUGCUCACGGCCGAGUUCUGUGAAGGCUGCAAAAUCAACAACAUCGAGGAGAUCAAGAGGCAGGGCCUGAGUUUAAAAGACACAGCGGAUAAGUUCAUAAGGACUUUCGCAGAGCAGAUAUUUUACACCGGCUUUAUACACGCAGACCCACAUCCUGGAAAUGUGCUGGUGAGAAGAGGUCCUGAUAAAAAAGCAGAACUUGUUCUCCUAGAUCAUGGCCUCUAUGAACACCUCAGCAAAAGGGAUCGAGCCGCUCUGUGCCAGCUGUGGCGCUCCAUCAUCCUCCGAGAUGAAGCCGCCAUGAUGAGACACUCCAAAGAGCUAGGGGUUAAAGAUUACUUCCUGUUCUGCGAGAUCCUCCUCCAGCGUCCGAUCAACAUGCGGGAGCUGAGUCUGGGGAACAUCCUGAGCCGAGAGGAGACGUCCUACAUGCGGGACAUGGCCACUGAGCGCUUCGACCGCAUCAUGGAGGUGCUGAAGGCUCUGCCCCGGCCCAUGCUGCUCGUCUUCCGCAACAUCAACACUGUGAGGAGCAUUAAUGUGGCGCUGGGGGCUCCUGUAGACCGCUACGCCCUCAUGGCCAAGAGUGCUGUGCGAGGUUGGGGUAAAGCCAGAGCAGACGAGUCGAGGGUUCUUCCCCAGGUCAUUGUACUGCGCUGGAUUUGGAGUUUCUGGGAAGAUGUGAAGUUUAAAUUAGCAUUAAGGUCAGAGAUGAUGAUGAUGAGUGUGACUCGCUGUGUGCUGCAGCUCCUGUCUUACUGUGGGUUCAUCUCACUCGAUCAGGAGGUUUAUCAGUACCUCAAAUAACCAAAGACUUCAGAAACUCAGCUUUACUCUGUUAUUCUUUUCCACCUUCUCUCGUCUUCUUAAAUGGAGCUUUAUCACGUUCAUUUUUCAUUUCUCUCAUGUAUUUUACUUUUUUAUUUUAAAAAGAAGGCACUACCCUGCAGUCACACUGUAUGGAUAGUUUCUGUGUGGACCAGCAAUGUGACAAUAUAAACCAGAAUGUUUGAGAAACUGAUGCAGUCUUUAUAAUGUUAAUAUCUUAACCCUUUAAACUAAUAAUCAAAUUAAUUAAUAUAGCACUUUAAACAGUAGUAAUUGUCACAAAGUAGCUUUGUGUCAGAAGAAAUAUGGGAAAUCAGUAUGAAUUGUGUGAGAAAAUAUGCAUAAAUCAGAAUCAUCAGGUUCUAGUUGUAACUAAUUUUCAUUGAAAGAGACAUAAUUAAUGACCCGUGUGCCAGAAAUAUUCUGCAAAACAUUAUCGGUUAAUACAUUAAUUGUAAAUCAGUUUAGUCAUAAUCCUAGUUAAGAACUUAUCAGUAGCAUUCCUGUUUUUGCAGAAAAAGAUAACGAUAUGUCUCGAGGAGGACAAAGGGGAACCUGUCCUCGUCUGGGUGACACUAGAUAUAUUCACCAGUCAGUGCUGAGUGUGAUAAAGGAAACGUGAUUGUGAGCAUUGUUGGAGCUUUAAUGUUAAAUUAUGAACCGUUCAGUGCUUAAAUCACACACACACAGGAUCGACUUUCAACUAAAUAUAUAUGACUUCUGUUUAUAACUGGCUACAGCAGGGGGUGAAUACUUACGCACAUGUAAAUCAUCCUUACGGAAUUGCAUUACCUUGUAUUAUUUAUCGUUUGACUAUAAAUGCCAAUUUUUUAUAAACUAUAAAAUUUUCGUAAAUCAUCUGUAAUUGCUGUCAUUUGAUUUCAGGAUCUUUUUUUUUUUUUUUUUACAAUAUCUGUCCAAAAAUCUUUUAAUUCUGAUAAUUUUGUUGGCAUAUCAAGAUGAAACGUGAACCGCGUUUCUCUGCCUUAAUUCCUUUUGAUUUUUCUUU